AUGGAUCUCAAAUCUUUGGCCAAUUCCCUUCCUGCAAGUUGCCUACCCGUCAAGAAUUCGACAAUUCCAUUCUGGCAUCAAGGUCUCCACGAACUGCAUAAUCACCGAACAACGGAACAACUUCCCGAGUCCAGCGAUGUGGUCAUAAUAGGCGCCGGCUACGCAGGAAUCAGCACUGCUUACCACCUAGUUAAAGGCGACAGCGCCGAUAAAAAGCUAUCUGUCACAGUUUUAGAGGCACGAGGUGUCUGUUCUGGUGCCACAGGACGCAAUGGCGGCCACCUUCGGCCUGACAUGUAUAGUCCCAUGCCUAAAUUCAUCGACCGAGCGGGUAUCGAGCGUGCUGUGGAGGUAGCCGAAUUCGAAGUUGCGCAUCUCAACGCCAUAAAGUCACUGGUUGAGAAGGAAAAGAUUGAUUGCGACUUCACCCUUACCAGAUCUAUUGAUGUAUGGUGCAACGAAGAAGCGGCUAUCAAAGCCAAGAAACUGUAUGACGCGCUGGUUUCGCGCAAUAUGAAUUAUAUGAAAGAUGUCUUUUUCGUGUUUGGCAAGGAUGCGGAGGGCAUCUCUGGCGUCAAGGGAGCCAAGGCUUGCGCUUCGUUUACGGCGGCUACUCUCUGGCCGUACAAGUUAAUCCUACAUCUCACCGAAUCUAUUCUUCAGACUGGGUUGGUCAACCUACAGACUAACACGCCAGUGACUUCUAUUACAAGGACAGCCUCAGGCGGAUUCAUCGUUACAACUCCGCGCGGCACAACCUUGGCUCGAAAAGUGGUCUAUGCAAAUAAUGCAUACGUGUCGGGUCUGCUUCCGCAAUACAGUCAGGCUAUCGUUCCGUGCAAAGGACUGUGUACUCACAUCUCCGUUCCGGAGGGUACGACACCGCCUCUGUUGAACAAUUCCUACAUCGUGCGUGAAAAGGAUGAAGUGGUUUCAUAUCUGAUCCCUCGCGCUGAUGGAAGUAUUGUCGUUGGAGGAGCCAAUACGAAGUAUCGCCCUUUUCUGGAGCAGUGGUAUAACAAUGUGGAUGACUCAAUUCUGAUUGAAGAGGUGAAGGAUUAUUUCGAUGGUUAUAUGCAACGCAAUUUCCGUGGUUGGGAGAACACUGGCGCUCGAGUAGAUAAAGUCUGGACUGGGGUCAUGGGUUACAGCUGGGAUUCUAAUCCUCAUGUUGGCCCUGUUCCCGGGGGAGAUGGUCAGUAUAUCCUCGCUGGUUUCAAUGGACAUGGAAUGCCUGUAGUGUUCUUGUCAGCGUUGGGUAUCGCUAAGAUGGUCAGGGAUGGUAUCGGGUUUGAGGAUUCUGGUGUACCGAGACUGUUCCAAACAAGCCAGGAGAGACUUGAUAAUGCGAAGAGCGGUCCUGUAGGAGGGGAUAUACUCACUAAGAAUUCAUAA